GCGUAGAUUCUCUCCCUCUCCACCUCGAUCACUCGCGUUCACUCCUAGAGACCACUGCUCUCCUUUGGGUCGGAGAAGACGCCAGCCAAAGGAGGCGGGGUUGCAGGAGGAGAGUCCGCUUUGCGCAAUCCAGUCCGGGACUUGGCUCCGCCCUGGAGCGGAGGCCUCUCCGGUGACAGAGGAGUAGUGAGCCGCACGGGGUGAGGCUGCAGCCAACUCCGCUCCCCGCGCACUCGGCUGUCCAGGCGCUCGGGACGCAGCAGCGGCGCUUCUCCGCCGGGCCGACCGCCCGCGAUGCCCGCUUAGGAGUGGCGGCAGCGGCCAGCGUCGCCACACCCGCGGGGUAGCGCUCCCGGUCGGCGAGCGGGGCUAGAGCAUAUACCCUUGCCCCAGCCCCCACCCCGCCCCCCACCCUGAAAUGACUUGUUAAUCGGCGCAGACACUACCGAAGGGACUCGCUGGAGUGGAAUCCAAGUGGAAUUUGGAUUUGAAGAAGAGUUUCUUGAACAUUUACUCCUUUCUUGUUGGUUUUUUUUUUCUUUCUUUUUUCCUUUUCCCCUCUCCGCUUGUCAUUGGAGAUGAACCCAGAGCAUUUGCAUCCCAGAAAGUAGUCGCCGCGACUGUUACCCCAAAGAGACAAGCACAUAUGUAGGAAUGACAAAGGCUUGCGGAGGAGAGAGCGCAGCUCGCGGCCCAGAGAGAACCCCUUGAUAAUGGAUUACUAAAUGGGAUACACGCUGUGCCAGCCCGCUCCGAGCCCCGGCCGCCUGCCCGUCGAUGCACCGAAAAGGGUGAAGUAGAGAAAUAAAGUCUCCCCGCUGAACUACUAUGAGGUCAGAAGUCUUGCUGCUAUAUUUCACACUGCUACACUUUGCUGGGGCUGGUUUCCCAGAAGAUUCUGAGCCAAUCAGUAUUUCGCAUGGCAACUAUACAAAACAGUAUCCGGUGUUUGUGGGCCACAAGCCAGGACGGAACAGCACACAGAGGCACAGGCUGGACAUCCAGAUGAUUAUGAUCAUGAACAGAACCCUCUACAUUGCUGCUAGGGACCAUAUUUAUACUGUUGAUAUAGACACCUCACAAACAGAAGAAAUUUACUGUAGCAAAAAACUGACAUGGAAAUCUAGACAGGCUGAUGUAGACACAUGCAGAAUGAAGGGAAAGCAUAAGGAUGAGUGUCACAACUUUAUUAAAGUUCUUCUAAAGAAAAACGAUGACACUCUGUUUGUCUGUGGAACGAAUGCCUUCAACCCUUCCUGCAGAAACUAUAAGAUGGAUACUUUGGAACCUUUUGGGGAUGAAUUUAGUGGAAUGGCCAGAUGCCCUUAUGAUGCCAAACAUGCCAACAUUGCACUGUUCGCAGACGGAAAGCUGUACUCUGCUACAGUGACUGACUUCCUUGCCAUUGAUGCCGUCAUUUACCGGAGUCUGGGAGACAGCCCAACCCUUCGGACCGUCAAGCAUGAUUCAAAAUGGUUGAAAGAACCAUACUUUGUCCAGGCUGUGGAUUAUGGAGACUACAUCUAUUUCUUCUUUAGGGAAAUAGCGGUGGAGUACAACACCAUGGGAAAGGUCGUUUUCCCCAGAGUGGCUCAGGUUUGUAAGAAUGACAUGGGAGGGUCUCAAAGAGUCCUGGAGAAACAGUGGACAUCUUUCCUUAAGGCUCGCCUCAACUGCUCCGUUCCUGGAGACUCUCACUUUUAUUUCAACAUACUGCAGGCAGUUACAGAUGUGAUUCGUAUUAACGGCCGUGACGUUGUCCUGGCAACCUUUUCCACACCUUAUAACAGCAUCCCUGGCUCUGCAGUGUGUGCCUAUGACAUGCUUGAUAUUGCCAAUGUUUUUACUGGGAGAUUCAAGGAACAGAAGUCUCCAGAUUCCACGUGGACACCAGUUCCUGAUGAACGAGUGCCUAAGCCCAGGCCAGGUUGCUGCGCUGGCUCCUCCUCCUUAGAAAAAUAUGCAACUUCCAAUGAAUUUCCUGAUGAUACCCUGAAUUUCAUCAAAACACACCCGCUCAUGGAUGAGGCCGUGCCUUCCAUCAUCAACAGGCCAUGGUUCCUAAGGACGAUGGUCAGAUACCGCCUGACCAAAAUUGCGGUGGACACUGCUGCUGGGCCAUAUCAGAAUCACACUGUGGUUUUCCUGGGAUCAGAAAAGGGAAUCAUCUUGAAGUUCUUGGCCAGGAUAGGAAACAGUGGUUUCCUAAAUGACAGCCUCUUCCUGGAGGAGAUGAGCGUUUACAAUCCUGAAAAGUGCAGCUAUGACGGAGUCGAAGACAAGAGGAUUAUGGGCAUGCAGCUGGACAGAGCAAGCAGCUCUCUGUAUGUAGCUUUCUCCACCUGUGUGAUAAAGGUUCCCCUUGGCCGGUGUGAACGACAUGGCAAGUGUAAAAAAACCUGUAUUGCCUCCAGAGACCCGUACUGUGGGUGGGUAAAGGAAGGUGGCACCUGUGCCCAUCUGUCACCCAGCAGCAGACUGACUUUUGAACAGGACAUAGAACGUGGCAAUACAGAUGGCCUGGGAGACUGUCACAAUUCCUUCGUGGCACUGAAUGACAUUUCAACUCCUCUACCAGAUCAUGAAAUGUCUUACAACACAGUACAUGGGCACUCCAGUUCCCUCUUGCCCAGCACCACCACAUCUGAUUCGGCGGCUCAAGAGGGGUCUGAGUCUAGGCGAGGAAUGCUGGACUGGAAUGAUCUGCUCCAUUCACCCGACAGCACAGACUCUUUGGGGGCAGUGUCUUCCCAUAACCACCAAGACAAGAAGGGAGUGAUUCGGGAAAGUUACCUCAAAGGCCACGACCAGCUCGUUCCUGUCACCCUCCUAGCCAUAGCGGUCAUUCUGGCUUUUGUCAUGGGGGCCGUCUUCUCCGGAAUCAUCGUCUAUUGCGUUUGUGAUCACCGGCGCAAAGACGUGUCGUCGGUGCAGCGCAAGGAGAAGGAGCUCACCCACUCGCGCCGCGGCUCCAUGAGCAGCGUCACCAAGCUCAGCGGCCUCUUUGGGGACACCCAGUCCAAAGACCCCAAGCCAGAGGCCAUCCUCACGCCACUCAUGCACAAUGGCAAACUCACCACUCCUGGGAACACGGCCAAGAUGCUCAUCAAAGCUGACCAGCACCACCUGGACCUGGCCGCCCUGCCCACCCCAGAGUCCACCCCGACGCUGCAGCAGAAGCGCAAGCCCAGCCGCGGUAGCCGCGAGUGGGAACGGAACCAGAACCUCAUCAACGCCUGCACCAAGGACAUGCCCCCCAUGGGCUCCCCUGUGAUCCCCACGGACCUUCCCCUGCGGGCCUCUCCCAGCCACAUCCCCAGCGUGGUGGUGCUGCCCAUCACACAGCAGGGUUACCAGCAUGAGUACGUGGACCAGCCCAAAAUGAGCGAGGUGGCCCAGAUGGCGUUGGAGGACCAGGCAGCCACCCUGGAGUAUAAGACCAUCAAGGAACACCUCAGCAGCAAGAGUCCCAACCAUGGCGUGAACCUAGUGGAGAACCUGGACAGCCUGCCCCCCAAAGUCCCCCAGCGGGAGGCCUCCCUGGGCCCUCCCGGAGCCUCCCUGUCUCAGAAUGGCCUGAGCAAGCGGCUAGAGAUGCACCACUCCUCGUCCUACGGGCUUGACUAUAAGAGGAGCUACCCCACGAACUCGCUCACGAGAAGCCACCAGGCCGCCACACUCAAAAGAAACAAUACUAACUCCUCCAAUUCCUCCCACCUCUCCAGAAACCAGAGCUUUGGCCGGGGGGAUAACCCGCCCCCCGCCCCGCAGAGGGUGGACUCCAUCCAGGUGCACAGCUCGCAGCCCUCUGGCCAGGCCGUGACUGUUUCGAGGCAGCCAAGCCUCAAUGCCUACAACUCACUGACCAGGGCAGGGCUGAAACGCACCCCUUCGCUAAAGCCGGACGUGCCCCCGAAACCUUCCUUUGCCCCCCUUUCCACAUCCAUGAAGCCCAAUGACGCGUGUACAUAAUCCCAGGGGGAGGGGUCGGGGUCGAACCAGCAGGAAAGGCGAGGAGCCCGCUCAGCUCGGCAAGGUUCGCGGCCGCUGAGUAUCCACCCGACCAAGACCGCCGCAAGCGGCGCCCGGGACACUGGGUCCUCCCCUGGGACGCCAGGGGGGACUCCCGAAAAUUGGGCCAUGCGGUUCGGUGAAGGUUUGCGACGCGGGACUCACCUCCAUUCUCUUCCUUCACUCUUCCCCCACCGCCUACAGCAGGUCGGACUCACGAGAAAACUUCAAUCAGCAUCACAAACAUGAGCCAAAAGCACAUACCCACUCACCCACUCACCCACCCCCAAGUGUGCGCCUGCGCCCGCAAGCGUGCACGCGCACAUCUCACACACACGCACACACACGUGAACAGCAACUGCAACAUUGUGUCCAUGACUGCGCUGGGCGCUGCCCGACCGGGCUGGCGUUCCAGGCUGCAAAACACAGAUACAUUUUUUAAAAAUCAUGAAAGUUAAAAAGACAAAAAAACACAGAAUUCAUUGAUAAUUCUAACUCAGACUUUAACAAUGGCAGAAGUUUACUAUGCGCAGAUACUGUGAAAUGCCCACCAGUGUUACAGCUUUCUGUUCUAGCAGAUGAAUGCCAUGUUGGGCAACUAUGUCAUAGAUUUCUGCUCCUCUCUUUUAAUGAAAUAACGUGACCGUUAACGCAAGUAACUCUUUAUUUAUUGUUCAUCUUUUUUUUCCUUAAGGAAAGGACUCUUCCACAUCCCAUUCUCUGAACAGCUCUUCAGAAAGCCCCUUGACAGUUAAACUAUUUAACGUGAAAUCCAUUAACUGGAAUAAUUGAGUUUCUUUAUUUUUACAAUAAAUUCACUGAGUAAAUAAGUUGGA